GUAUUGGUUUUGAAAAUGUGGGUUAGUUUGAUCCUGGACGAGCGUGGUGAAGGGAAUAGGGCAAAGUAUUUGGCAGUAAAAAUUUAAAAAUUGGUUAAAAUGGAUGACAGAACGAUAGAUCGUGUCUUUUCGGGUUGUUUGGUGGAAGAGUUGCCUCCCGUUAGUUCCAAAAUUGUGAGGAUUUUUACCAGUUCCACGUUUACUGACACGGCCCUUGAGAGAAAUACUCUGAUGGCGGAGGUUUAUCCAAAAAUUAAAGAAUAUUGUAGGGAAAAACAUGGUCUAGAAUUUCAAGUUGUGGAUAUGCGAUGGGGUGUCCGAGACGAAGCUACGGACGAUCACAUGACCACAGAACUCUGCAUGCGAGAGAUCAUUAAUUGCCAGAGGUUAAGUAUGGGGCCUAAUUUUGUGGUAUUCUUAGGUCAAAAAUAUGGUUACAGACCGAUUCCCACGAUAAUCAUGGCGAGCGAGUUGAUCAUGUUGAAGGAAACGUUGGUUCAAAUGGGCGUGGACACUUAUUUGUUGGACUUGUGGUAUAAAAAAGAUACAAAUGCUGUCCCCAACGUUUUCAUUUUGCAACCGAUUUCAACAAUUUUACUCAACUUUAAUAACAAGCGUGUCCCAAAACUUCAAUCGCAAGACCAAGCCAUUUGGUGGGACACGUUAAACAAAAUGCAAAAAUUACUCCGUAAAGCCGUUCAUACUUGUUUUUUAAAUGGUCAAGUUGACCACGAUGCGAUGCACAAUUAUUUCAUGAGCGUCACUGAAAGAGAAGUUAUAAACGGUGUGCUAAACGUGGAAAACACAAAAGCUCAUUGUUUAGCAUACGUUCGAUACAUCAACAACAUCAAUUUGCAAAAUAUCAAGAAGGCUUCCAACUUUAUUGACAUAAUUAACCGUGGGAUUGAUCAGGAGGCUUCGCGUCUAUUAGGAAAUUUAAGAGAUGAACGCCUUCCAAACAAAAUCGAGGCAACAAAUAUGCAAAAGUAUACAGUGGAAUGGAUGGGUCGUGAAGGGAUCUCCAGUGACACGCAUGAAGAAUAUCUGUCCGGAUUUUUGGCCCAUUUUUACAAAAACAUUACAAAAUUAGUGGAUCGUGCGAUGCGAAAGGAAGACUCGUCCGCACAGGGUGUAAUCGUGACCGAAAUCUUGCAACAUUUGCAUGCAUGCAACGGAUCCGUGAAAGUAUUUUACGGCCGGGAACAUUCCCUCGAAUUAGGAAAAGAGUACAUCCUUGGUCCAAGCGAUAAGCCAAUGAUACUUUACGGUCAGGGCGGAUGUGGGAAGACGUCUUUACUCGCAAAAAUUGCAGCCAUGUGUUUCGAAUGGAUUAAAUCGACACCGCUUUUGAUUCUUCGAUUUUUGGGAACGACGCCAGAUUCUUCCGCCUUGACGCCAAUGUUGAUCAGCUUGUGUCAACAAAUCAGCUAUAAUUUCAUGCUUCCCAUGGAGGAUAUUCCUGAUGAUUUGGUCCCGCUGACGGCACAUUUUAAAAAUCUCCUUACCUAUGGAAGCGUGGAUCAACCGCUGCUCGUGUUUCUGGACUCCGUGGAUCAGUUGACGGGGGCGAGUGGGGCGAAUAAGUUGACUUGGCUUCCCAGUAAAUUGCCAAAAUACUGUAAAAUCAUAAUAAGUUGUGUCUAUGAGCCAAACGACGAUGAAAUCAGUGCGGAUUAUUUGCUCCUGAGGAGGAUUUUGGAUGAUGAAAAGGCAUUUUUGGAAGUCACGAGUUUAGGAGAACAAUUAGCCACUGUGGUCAUUCGGAGAUGGCUAGUAGCAGCGAAUCGAGACGUGAAUAAUUAUCAAUGGCGUGUCGUCUGUAACGGUUUGGCGGAAUGCAGUCUUCCAAUCUUUGUGAAAUUGGUUUUUGCAGAGAUUUGCAGGUGGAAAAGUUAUUCCAAGCAGACUGACACGCUUUUGGCGACGAAUGUGAGAGAAAGCAUUUUCAAACUGUUUGAACGAAUCGAAAUCCAGCACGGAAGCUUGCUCGUGACCCAUGCGCUGGCGUAUAUCACGGCCGCGAAGAGUGGACUCAGUGAGACAGAGCUAGAAGACUUGAUAAGCUUGGACGAUAAGGUGUUAGAUGACGUUUAUCAGUAUCACUUGCCGCCCGUGCGGAGGAUCCCACCCCUUCUUUGGACCAGGAUCAGGAACGACUUGCCAAAUUAUUUGAGCGAAAGGGAGGCCGAUGGGGUCAGUGUGUUGAGUUGGUAUCACAGACAGUUCCGUGAUGCUGCGAAUGAACGCUAUUUUAAGGAUGAAGGGAUGUCAAUCUAUUUUCAUUCUUCUAUUGCCGACUAUUUUUUGGGCAUUUGGGGAGGCGGAAAUCCUAAACCGUUUCAAUAUACGGAAAUUCAGAAGCACAGAUUCGGUCUGAAGGACAAAAAUGCAGCCGCCGAUAGAAAAGUGCCAUUACAACCGUUAGUUUAUGUGGGAAAGGAUGGGAAAAUUUCUCGCUAUAAUUUAAGAAAGUUUGGAGAACUUCCGUACCAUUUGGUGAGAUCAAUGCGGUUUAAAGAUCUAUACGACAAUGUCCUCUUUAACUACAAAUGGCUUCACGCAAAAAUUUCAAGCUGUCCACUGCAGUCAUGUCUAAGCGAUUUUGAGGAUGCGUGCGCCCAUGUGGAAGAUCGCGAAAGUUCAAGAGAAAUUAUGCUUGUCGCGGAUGCCCUUCGCUUGGGUGGUGCCAUAUUGAUGAACCAUCCGCAAAUGUUGGCACCUCAAUUAAUCGGACGGCUGCUACCGGAAAUUGGAGGAAAUCCGAACGUGAAGCGGUUGUUGGAACAGUGUGACAAUGAAGGGAUUGAGCAUCAAGCUCUCAUCCCGAGUUAUCACUGCCUCCAUACUCCAGGAGGUCCAUUAAAGUACUCCCUUGAAGGCCAUCAAUUCGCCGUUUUUGGCUUCUGUCUUACGGCCGACUAUCGCUAUGUGAUUUCAAUCUCGAACAAAUUCAUCACCUGGGAUUUAUCAACGUCUGACCUGUGUCGCGAUGUGACUCCGGGAAUUGAGGGCAUUCUGCAAGGUCUUUGCAUCUCGCCUGAUAACCGCUACGCCGCAGCCUACUCAAACAUCAACCAGAUAAUCCUCCUUAACAUGUUGACUAACGAAUACUCAAUCUUCGAGCAUCCCUUUGUCGCCAAACGGACGGGAAUUUGCGGCCUUUCCUUGCUCAACAUGCACCUCGUCGUCUACUGCGGGAAGGGGGCCGUCGUCUAUAAUUCUAUCACGGGAGAAAUCGACAACAAUUUAGACGACAUUGUGGCGGACAAGGAGAUGCAAAUAUUGAGAAUGACGUUUUACACGUUGGACGAAUUCGACGUAAUUUAUUGGACAGGAAAUUUGGACGACAUUGGGAUGCGUUUAGUCCGCUGGAGUAAGGGUGGCGUAAGGUCAGACGAGUUGGAAUUUCAGGGCGCACUUGUGAUUCACGCUAUAAACCAGGAUAAAUUAUACGCCUGCGUGGAGAACAAUGUAAUAGAGAUUCGAUUUAAUCCAGAGGAGGGUAAAUGGGUGAAAAAACGAAUAUAUGAAGGAUGUGAUAAGCUGAUACAAUUGACAAUCAGUCAGGACGAUAAAUUUGCGAUUGGAACGUUUAUGUUUGGAUAUAAGGCGUGGAAUCUAGAAUCUGGGAAAAUGUCAAUCCUGCUGCUUCCGGAUAAUGGAAUUCGGAACAUAUCUACGAAACCGUUGGAGUCAAAUUCUUGCGUCAUGAGCAGAGAUAACAUUUACGCGAUUGCGGGUGUGAGAAAAAAUCUUUACAUUUGGGACAUGUCAAAUGGGGAAUUACUCAAAAAUUUAGAUGCACAUUUCGGUCGCAUUAUCAAAAUACAGAGUCUCACGAUAGGAAACUGGAACUCUGUGAUAACUUCGUCGAUCGACAGGACCGUAAAAGUUUGGAAUAUUAACAACAUUUUCGAACAAGUCCACACUAUUGACAGGCACGAGUUACAAAUUGACGGAAUCAGCAUAUCCCCCGAACGUAAUAUCGCCGCUACUGCGACGCGAAACUGCGUCGGUAUUUGGGAUCUCCGCACGGGUCGAAUGAUCGACAAGCUAGCGGAUUCUCCUCUCGGUGCAAUCGUGACUCAGGCCGUGAUAACAAAAAACGGCAAAUACGUCGCCACAGCGGAAAGCGGAAACAUUCUUAUAUGGAAAUUUCCUGAUCCAAUCUUGGAUCCUCCCGACUCUCCAACUCUCGUCAUAUUUAAGGAAGCCCAAGAUUCUAUAAAACAGCUCUUUUUCAUCGAAAAGGACACAAUUCUAAUUGCAGUGUCGAAAAUUGUUGUUGCCGGGGCGGAAAUGAGGUCACUCGUGAAAGGACGAAAGGUCACUCUUGAGACGGAAGAAGAAGACCGUCUCCUAUACGAAUUUGACUAUCCGAUAAAAAAUUUGAGAAAUCUGACCCCCACUUCGGACGGGAGUUUACUUGUUGGUCCAGGAUUUGAAAAACUAAAGGACACCAUGUUCAUAUUUAAUGCGAAAACGGGCCUAUUGAUGCACAAAGUUGUCUUGAAGUACCCAAAUUUUAAGGAUUAUACCACAAUCCUUGCCGUGCCGAAGAGAGCGACGCAAAUUGCCUUUAUAGAUUCUGACAAGGGCAAUAUUAUCGACGUUAAGACGAAACGUUUUAUUCGAAGUGUGCCUAAAUGGGGAGGACGAUGCACAAAGGAUGGAAAAUAUGGUUUGUACGCACCUGGACGAGGUGGAUUAGAAUUGAUUGAGUUAAAAAAUGGGAAAACUAUUCGAACUUUUAUCCCAAAAGUUGCCGAGGGGGUUUUCACCAUCAUAACAAUGUUUAACAAGACUGACGAAUAUGUCCUGUAUUAUCAUGGGGGGAGAAAAACUCUGCGGGUUUUCCGUACCUCUGAUGCUGAAAGGAUUGCUGAGUACCGCGUCUCUGCAGAAUUGUCUUCAAUUGAAAGUACGACGGAUGGGAAAUCUGUGGUGCUAGGAACGAUGGAUGGAUGUCUCACCGUCCUCGCUAUUGCGGAUCCUGGAAAUGGCGCAGUAGUCCGUGAAUAUUUGAAAUCGCUCCCUUCCAGGGACCCCGAAAAGACGAAACGUUUGGCGAAACGAUGUCCUCCAUUUUACUUUCGAACUGCGGCGAAACUUGCUGCUCUCGCGGCCCGGGUUAAGCGGGGCAGUAUCGGGAGAGGGUCGUUGGCUGGGGACAGUACGAGUGGAAUUGAGGACGGUGGCAUCAGCAUCAUUUCAAGUGUGGCGAGCUCCUUCGUGGAGACAACCGAAGAAGGUGUGACCAUUAGCAGUGACGGGACGGAGACGAUUAAAAGUGAUGGGGGCGAAAGCAGCAGUGGGAGUACGAAAACGUUAAAAGGAAAAUAGUUACCCCAACUGAAAUUAGUAUACAUAUUUUAUGAGAGUUUCUUCGUAAUAAAUUCCGUAAUCUAAUAAAAAUUAGUCGAAAUCAUAA